GUUCUCCGGGGCCUCCCUUCCCUCCGGGGGGGGGGGGGUCCAGUAAUAGCUCCGGGUCUCUGUUUCGGUCACACAUCCAGAUCACUGAAUACUUUAUAAUAUAUAAUUUUAACAGCUAAGACAUUUUGAAAAUGAGGAGAAGGACUUGAUGUGAGUACAAUGUUAUCUGACUCUGAACACCUGUUCCUUCAUGAAUAUGUUUGUAUUUCUGUUCAUGGGGGAUUUAUCAUGUGAAAGAAAUCCCUUUCUACCCGCUUUAUAAAAAGGAGGAAAACAAAUUAAACAAGACACAGGUGAUUAUAAGUAUUAGUAAGUAGUAAAUAAACGUAUCUACGGCUGAUCUUUGUGUUAUCUGAUUUGAUGUGAUUCAAUAUAACUAUUUUAAAUGUGUGUAUUGUCGUGUAUUCACACAUUCAGGGGUUUCGUUCACGUCUAUUACGACAUCAGGGCGCGUCACUGACGCGUUUCGGGUGUCGCUCCAUUUUCACACCGCGUCGCACCGUCAAACGGACGCGCUGAAGUUUAAAGAAUAAAAUCGUAUUUCAAACUAUGACGUCACGGAUCAGCCUUCCGGCUGAAUGCAAGCGAGCCAAAGGGGGAUCAACGGGAUGGGUCCAAACACCGUAAAAAUAUGAGGAUUUAAAAGUUUCUGUUUGAGAUUAAAAAAUAAAUAAAAGAUGUAUCGCCCUCCUUUGGCUGCCGGCAUGGACUCAGAGAGUCUCAAGGAGAAGAGGAACCCGGGCGAACCCGACCUUACGGAAGGUCAACGUUCAGCAGGGAAACAGACGACCGCCAACGACCAGACGAUUUCAGAGAAGAGAGUUCCACCCUCGGGGAGACGUUCGAUCACGUCGCCUGAUUAUCGGACGCUUACUGAGUACUUUUUAAGAAAGAUGCACGUGACGCAGUCAGUGAGGAACCUAUUGACUCCUGGACGGACAAAAGUCUCCACAUUAGAUCCUCCAGCUGAUUGUUCAUCAAGGGUCAAUCGGGUUGACAGCUGGUCUCCCUUCUCUGCCCACCGUCCCUUCAAAGGUUACUGCAGCCUUGGAGAAGAACGUAGAGAAAAGAAAUUACAUGACUAUGGAGCUUAUUUUAGAUCUUCCCCUUCAGAAUUAUCCUUCAGUAUCUCAGGUCUUCUCAACAGAGCAGAGAAACAUUACAGUGGCCACAGCUUUCCUCUCAGCUUUUCCUCUGUCACUGAAGACUGCUGCUUCCUGUCUGUAGGCCGUCCUCAAGUCAUCCAGGACUCCACCAGAGAAGCUGCAUAUCGGCUUCUCCCUGUGGAGUCUGAAAGUGGCUGCGGGUUCCUGCCGGAGGUGGACGCCUCCGUCGCCCUCGCCCCACCGGAGCCGUGCCUCCCUCCGCCCCCUGGUCGCAGCGGGCCUCCACUGAGUCCGGUAACCUCUACAGAGGUUGCGGCCCUGAGACAAGCCGACGCGCUCUUCAGAAGACGCUUCGAGGAGUUCACGCCUGAUAUCACGGCCGAUGAAGACGACGAGACCUUCAGGUUGCGGUGCUCCGGUCCGGGCCUGUACCUGUGCAGCGUGACCGGCCUGGUGUUCCACAUGGGGGGCGACGGGGGGGAAGUGGUUUACAGGAUCGUCCCCUGGGACCAGAGGCUUCUGGCCCGGCAUCACAAGAAGGCAGCGGGACCCUUGUUCGACAUCAGAUGUGAGCAGAGGUCCGUGCUCGGCCUUCAGCUCCCACACUGUGAGAUCCUGAGUGGUGGGGGGGCCGACGUCCUGUCGGUGGCUCACCUGGAAGACGAUGCCGAGGCGUUCCUCCGCCCGAAAGAGGUGACGGAGACUCACGUCCUGGUGGACGUCUCGGGGCUUUCUGCUUUCGGCAACGUCAAGGACGAGCACUCGCCCCCCCGGCCGGUCCGAGCGCUGGUUCUGGUCUUCUACCGGGCCCCAGACGACCAGAACGACCCGGACGACCCCGAGUCCCUCCUCAACGUGUUGAUGCUGCCGGGGAACGUGGUAAUCCGGGAGGUGCAGCGCAUCAGGAAGAAGCUGGUCGGGCCCGAGCGCUACAUAGAGACGCCCUCGCAGUGCAAACUGCACCCGGACCGGGACUACGUCCUCUCCACGAGUCCCCAGGACGACCGGAUCCUAGUGGAGCCCAGCGAGGCCGAGUUUUACUGCGACAACUACGACAACUACGUCCCGUCCUUCCAGGUGAUCCUGGAGACGAGGCUGAACCGCAUCAAGCUGCUUCUGAAAGAAUGUGACGGCUCCCUCUGCGUCUGGGAAAGACGGGUCCCCCUCAUCGUCAGGGCGUCCGGCGGGCUGAGCGCUCCGGACCUCGUCCACAGCGAGAGGCUGCUGGAGGUACGGACCGGCUUCGUCGAGGGGAUCUCUGGACCCGUGCUCAAGAGUCUGCUGGACCGACUGUUGGAGAAGAAGGUGAUCACCGAUGCAGAGGGGGAGGCGGCGGAGGCCACGCCGAACCACAGAGACAGAGCUCGCUUCGUCAUCGACAUCGUGAGGAAGAAGGGCGAAGACGCCAGUUUGGAGAAGAUAGAGUUCCUCAAGGACGACCCGUUCCUCUGUGAACACCUGGGGUUGAUGUGAGACUGUAAUCGUAUGAUGUUAAAUAUGGGAUUACCAAACUAUUGGUCACUUUUGGUAUUUUGCUAUAACUUGAAAAAAUCCUGUGAUGCACAUUUGUUUUGAAAUGUUGAAUAUAAAGUUUUUAAUAUAUACUGAAUUUGAAAAAGACUUUUUCCAUGUGAUUAAACAAUUACUUUCAUCUGGGUUUUAAAAGUACAUCUUUAGAGGCAUUUAAUGUAUAAAUAUGAUUGUACCCAUAAUGCUCGUGUUCAUCUGCAGACAUUGAUGGUGUCCCUUCAUUAGCCAGCAGGGGGGAGUGUCUGCUCGUUAAUAGUCACAGUUGAUCUUUACUAAGAAACAUAACAUGAGUUUAGUGUUUAAAAUAUUACAUUUAUGUUAUUCACAAGAAUAUGUAAAACAGUAAGAUUUAUGUGUAUAUAUUCCUAUGUGAUGCCACAUAAAGAUGUUCCAGCUAUAGCUGUAUUAUCUUUGUGUUUUGUGCAGAUAUUUUGAACUGACUAAUGGUUCUGUCUCAUAUCAUUCGUCAUGUUGCUCAGCACACAUACUGUAUAUUGGCCACUGUGAUUAAAAUAUGAAA